GAUUACGAAAACCCUAGCAUCACAUUCUCCUGACAUUAAUUUUUGUAGGUUAUGUGAUUAAAAGUGAGUUGUUUGAGUUAUUGCAACAUCUAAGUGGGAGAAAUGAAUUUUCUGAAAGAAAUUGUUCGAAAGGUAUCACACACAUACAUUCGUUUGCCCCAACAAAUUCUCUCGCCACCGCCAAUCUGUGAUAUCACAAACAAGUUAUCAUGUAUGACUAUUCAGGAGCGAUACUCAUCAUCCCUGUACAGAAUGCACAAAACAGGCCCGCAUAUCAAACCGCGAAAUCCUAAACGUCCUUUGGAUGGAAAUCCAUUCAUGAAAGGAGUGGUGUUGAAGACGCUAAUCAAGAAACCGAAGAAACCAAAUUCGGCCAACCGGAAAUGCGUUUUGGUUAGGUUAUCCAAUGGAAAAGAGAUGGUGUCGUAUAUUCCUGGGAUCGGACAUAAUUUACAGGAACAUAAUAUCGUCCUGUGUCGUGUAGGAAGGGUCCAGGAUUGCCCUGGGGUUAAACUGAAGUGUGUGAGAGGAAAAUAUGAUUUAGGACAUGUAAUUAAAAAAUAAAAUUAAGUUUGCAGUAGCGGGUA